ACUCCCCUCCGGAGCGCUGAGGUGGGAGCAUCCUGGAGAGGUGAGAGAGAGAGAGGCAGUCACAACUUAGGACUGUAGGUUUCUGGAGGAGGGAUCUAAUUUCACUCCCCUGUGCUCACUGUAAGCGCACAUCAGGCGUGGAGGUGCUCUCUGCUUCAGACAAGGGUAAAAAAGACCAAGGCGUGUGAUGAUUCUGCCUCCCUUACUUGUACAGACAGGAAUGUUUCCUGGUUCUUCUUUGUACAACUCACAGCAGAGGGGAUGGGAAACUGUUUUAUAGCUCUCAAAACACAUGCUCCGUAAGAAUGUCGGAGGCCAUCCGUUGCACUCUGGUAAGCUGCAGCUGCCAGUGCUUCAAACCUGGGAAAAUAAACCAGCGACAAUGUGACCAGUGUCGGCAUGGAUGGGUAGCACAUGCCUUAAGUAAGCUAAGGAUCCCUAACCUAUACCCCACAAGCCAAGUGGAAAUAGUCCAGUCUAAUGUGGUAUUUGAUAUAAGCAGCCUCAUGCUGUAUGGAACUCAGGCAGUUCCUGUCCGUCUCAAAAUUCUCUUAGAUCGGCUUUUCAGUGUCCUGAAGCAAGAAGAAGUCAUUCAUAUCCUCCAUGCUCUGGACUGGACACUUCAAGACUACAUACGUGGAUAUGUCUUACAGGAUGCUGCAGGAAAGGUCCUGGACCACUGGAGUAUCAUGACCAGUGAAGAAGAACUGGCUACUUUGCAGCAAUUUCUGCGCUUUGGCGAGACCAAGUCCAUUGUGGAGUUAAUGGCGAUUCAGGAGAAAGAAGGGCAGUCCAUCGUCAUCCCCACAACCGCAGCCAAUAUGGAUAUUAGGGCAUUCAUUGAAAGCUGUAGUCAGAGGAGUGCAAGCCUCCCUGCUUCCUUGGACAAAAUGAACCCUGUUAACAUCCACCACUUUGAGAACGUUGUCAACAACAUGGCCUUCAUGUUGCCCUUUCAGUUUUUCAGUCCUGUCCCUCCGCCCCUCAUAGGUUCACCCCCUGAGAGGCUUUUGAUGGAGCAAAGUCAGGACUGCAGCAAUGAACUCAAGCAAGAUGUUCCUAUGCAGUUUGCGGAAAACAGCUUCCUAACUUCCGAGUCUUCAUUUCAAGGUGAAAAGGAGGUGGCCUUGACCAGCCCAGAUAUCGCUUUGAAGGACGACACUUCUCCAAGCAAUUUAAGUUCGCCCGGCAGCAUCACAAAGCCUGAAAUGAGCCAGCUCUCCCCGGAAAGUAAAAUAAAAUCUGUUGAUAAAAACGGCUUCGCCACGAGGAGAGGGCGUGUUUUUUGUACAGCGUGCGAAAAGACCUUUUACGACAAAGGGACUCUGAAGAUCCACUACAACGCUGUCCACCUGAAGAUCAAACAUAAAUGUACCAUUGAAGGAUGCAACAUGGUCUUUAGCUCCCUCCGGAGCCGAAAUCGACACAGUGCCAACCCCAACCCUAGACUUCACAUGCCAAUGAACAGGAACAACCGGGAUAAAGAUCUGAGAAACGGGUUGGCCAUCACCGGACUGGAAGAGAACAAACGGACGGACUUUAAUAUUUUGCCUCCCGACAGUAGAUCCGUUUCCAGCUAUGGAAGCUCUUGCAGCGAUUCAAAGACACAGCCAGGUUUUCACAGUACUGGCCAAAAUGGCAUUCUCUUUCCAAACUUGAGGACCGUGCAGCCAGUUCUUCCAUUCUUUCGCAGUCCGGUCACACCGGCUGAACUUGCAAAUACUCCCGGCACCCUUCCUUCCCUACCUCUGGUUUCCUCGUCAAUCCCUGAGCCGCUGGUUUCUAACGAAUCGCCCUUUGACGCGCUGCCCAAGAAAAAAUCCCGCAAGUCUAGCAUGCCCAUCAAGAUAGAGACAGAAGCCGUUGAUACCCCUAGCGCAACUCACGAAGUUGCCAGCUCGGAAGACGACAUGCCUCCGCGGCCGGUAAGUGACGGGCCUGUUGAGAUGGGCAGUUCUAAGAUAGAAAAAAACCCAAACCACCCAAUGGAAAAGAAGUCCCUUUCAGGUACAUCACAGAAAUCCAUUUCUGAAGAUGGAGGGCCGACAUAUUUUAAAUCUAUUGAGCCAAAUAGCACAUGCGCCAACGCAGACGAAUUGCAUCGGCCUGAGAAAACAGCUAAGCCCGAACAAGGCAAAUUGUUAAAGGUAGUUUCUUGUGAAAAUGCCUGCAAAGAUUCAAACCAGCAGCGCGAUGUGAUCAAAGCAGUGACAGAACCCCAUGGCUAUCUUAAAGAGCAACUGAAUUACAGGAUCCCAAUGAACGACUGCGAUGAAUUGCAACACCACUUGCUGAGUAGGGGGGCGUUCGGCACACUGUCCAGUAGGAGUGUAGCCGUUCCUGGUUUCGAAGCUUUUAAAGAUAUAGAUCGUGUGAGUCAACAUGCGCCACUAGGGCUUCAGAGGGAAGACAGCCGUUUCCAUUGUGACAUCUGUAAGAAGACCUUUAAAAACCCCUACAGUGUGAAAAUGCAUUUUAAAAACGUACACCUAAAAGAAAUGCAUAUUUGCACCGUGGAGGGUUGCAAUGCUGCCUUUCCUUCUCGUAGAAGUCGAGACAGACAUAGCUCCAACCUAAACCUUCACCAUAAGCUUUUGACCAAAGAUCCCUUGGAAAUCAAGAACCACCAUUUCAAUGCAACAUACCUCUUGAAGGAUAUGGCGAAAGAGAUUUGUCCGGACGACUCUUUGAUAGGACACGUUGGGCAGCAAACUUCGGUCAUCUUCAAAGGGAUGAACAGGACUGGCAGCCUGGUUUUCCCAAUGAGCAAGAUGGGAGAGGCCUGCCCCGAGAGCUACCAGUAUGACCUGGUAAACGAUGGGGCCGUUCUGGAUUUAAGCACGACGUCCAGCAUCAAGUCGGAGGGCAGUGCUCAUUCCUCUUGGGAUUCUGACGGAGACAAUGAAGAAGGUCCUGGGGUUUUGGAAGACAGUGACGAAAGCUGUGAAAGUCCACCUUUGAUCCCGAAUGAAGACCUCUACCAAGACUGUUCUCUGAUGGAGAAGACUAACGAGAGUUUCUCAAGCAUACCUUCCAGUUUGCCAAUAACCUGCCACAUAUGCCAAAAAAGCUACAGUAAUAAAGGAACUUUCAGGGCCCAUUACAAAACAGUCCAUCUCCGCCAGCUCCACCAAUGCAAAGUCCCAGGUUGCAAUACAAUGUUUUCUUCUGUGCGCAGCAGAAACCGGCACAGUCAAAACCCCAAUUUACACAAGAGCUUGAUCAGGUCAACAGGUAGCCCCCAGUAACAUCUCGCUGUUGGGCAGCAGCUUCUGUUUGGUUAAGAGUCGUCAUUUCAACUUGAAAAAGAAAAGUGUAAGAGUGAGGUUUCCCUUUGUUUUGUUUUCUUCCAGGGUGCUUUCUUCCACAGUGCACACUGAAAACACAGGGCCACGUUCUGCUUCCGUUUACACAGUAUGUGUUUUCACCGAGCAAAAUAGGGCACACCGACAACACUAGCCUGAGUUUUUCACUUAGAUGUAGAUACACACUUAAAAAAGAGAGAGGAUCAGGAGACAUAAUAAAGGUACUCUUGAUGGUUUGCAAUAUGAGACACAGUGAAGACACUAUUCCAAUGUUUCGUUUACAUGAUCAAUGUGGAGGGAUGGGUGGGAACUGCUGGGUGAGCCCAUUGGUUGAACUGGAGGGUUUUUAACACUGUCAUUUCUAUCCUGAGAUCAAGGAUCGGGAACCUGUGACCCUCCAGAUGCUGUUGAACUCCAACUCCCAUAAUUCCCUGAGGCUGGUGGGAGUUUAGAGUGCCACAACAUCUUGAGGGCAUAGAGGCUCCCCACUUAGCCCAUGCCAUAAUGCCGUGGUGGGGCUUUUUCCUCACCUGUGUCUGACAUCAUAGUGUGAAGGCUGGGCUACACAUUACAAAAGAAAUCACAAAGCUGUCAUUGAAAAUGGGAGCGCCAUGUCCAGUUUUCCCUUUCUCUCCCCAAUGAGUAAUAAAAAAAAUUAUCCCAGGGGUGAUGAACCUUUGACGCUCAAGAUGUUGUUAGACUGCAACUUGCAUCAUACCUGGCUAUUGGCCAUGCUGGCUAAGACCGAUGGGAGUUGGAGUCCACAACAUCUGGAGGUCCACACGUUCCUCUCUUUAUCCAUGUCAUAAUGUCAUUCUGUUGCAUUUUCCACACCUCUUCCCAGUGGCAACCAAGGGGAUAUGGAGGAGAAACUAAAUGCACGGAUGUCAUUUUCAGUAACAGCGCCAUGCACCUCUGCUCCAAGGCUGACUUUACAGUAUUAAAUAAAUGUGGUGUUUCCCACGUAAUUUAUUAUUGAAUGCCAGAAACUAAAAUAGAGGUUUUAGGAAAAUGUAGCAUAUGAUUCUGGAGUUCUUGAUUUCAGGAGCUAUUUUACUUGAAGACGUAUUGUUGGGUUUUCUUCCACUGUGGGUUGUCCAUUAUUUUUACAACAUUUGAA